UUCAGUGCAGCUUUUCCACAGGACUUAGCCAGGGACAAAGAGACGCCGAGUAGCUCCACUUGGGAACAACAAAAUCAUGAAGGCAACAGGAGUCACACAACUGUUCUCUACAGGAAGCCCCCGUCUCCGGUGAGGAAUAAGAAACACAACAGCCACAGGAUGCGCCUUGGGUCAAGGGGACGUGAAACACCAGCUGCCUCUUGGUCCUCCUUUGUGUUCAGAGUGGAUGAGCCUGUGCCUUUUAGAUCCCAUCUCUACAGCUGGGGGCUGAGAUAGGAGCUCCCAAAGCGUGAGCAGAGGCAGCAGCCACUGGGCUGGCCCUCAUUCCUUGCCGAGAGAAAGCUGGGAGCCACGAUGGGUUCAACCUUGCUCCCGCUGAUCCUGCUGCUGCUCUCCCAGAUGCUGUUCGGCCCUAAGUCCUGGGCCGGGGCCAGCAUUGAGAAGGAGGAGGAGGCAGCUGCUGUGUGCGCUGGGACUGCCUGCUACACCGCCCACUGGGGCAAGCUCAGUGCUGCUGAGGCCCAGCUGGGCUGCAAGACCAACGGGGGAAACCUGGCCACGGUGAAGAGUGAAGAAGAGGCCCAGCAUAUCCUAGAAGCCCUGGCCCAGCUGCCUGAGAGCGAGGCCCCAGCCCGGAUGGUCAGAUUCUGGAUUGGGCUGCAACGGGAAAAGGGCAAGUGUAUGGACCCCGAUGACUCACUGAGGGGCUUCAGCUGGCUGGGAGGCGCUGAGAACACAUCCUACUCCAACUGGUACAAGGACCCCACCAGCACGUGCCUCUCCAAACGUUGUGCCUCUCUUCUUGUGGAUCUUUCUUCAUCCUCUCUCGCUGCUGCCCACUCGAUCCCCAAGUGGUCAGAAAGUCCAUGCGGCACACUGGGUUUUCCAGGCAGGAACACUGAGGGCUACGUGUGCAAGUUCAGUUUCAAAGGUAUGUGCCACCCUGUGGCUCUUGGGGGGCCAGGGGAGGUGACCUACAGGACACCCUUUAGGGCCACUAGCACCUCCCUGGCUGCUGUGCCUUUUGCCUCAGUAGCCAAUGUGAACUGUGGGUACGAAGGUGAAAAAAGAAGUCACUACCUCGUGUGCAAGGAACGAAGCCCCAACCUGUUUGACUGGGGCACCCCAGGCCCUUUCUGUGCCUCCCCAAAUCAUGGCUGUGCCUUCAACAAUGGUGGCUGCCAACAGGAGUGCUUAGAAGGGGGGGAUGGUUCAUUCCUCUGCGGCUGCCGUCCAGGAUACCGUCUUCUAGAUGAUCUGGUGUCCUGUAUCCCCCGAGACCCAUGUCAUCCCAACCCAUGCAGGGGGAAGGCAAAGUGCAGUCCUGGAGGUCCUGGACAGCACUAUGAGUGUCAAUGUCCUGCAGGCUUCCAGCCCACUCCAAAUAGGCUGGAUUGUGAUGAUGUGGAUGAGUGCAGCAGAUCCCCAUGCGCCCACAAUUGCGUCAACACUCCUGGUAGCUUCCAUUGCACCUGCCAACCAGGUUAUGAGCCCCAUGGCCAUAAUGGAAUGAAAUGCUGGGAUAUGGAUGAAUGUGCUGGUGACGGCUCCCCCUGCGCACAGCUUUGUAUCAACACUGAAGGCUCUUUUCAAUGUGCCUGCCAAAAGGGCUACGAGACUGCUGGGGAAGAUGGGACCCAGUGCCAGGAUGUGGAUGAAUGUGCUGAGGAGGGAAACCCCUGUGAAAGCCUCUGCUACAAUGGGCCAGGUUCUUUCCUGUGCGGCUGCCGACCAGGAUGGACUUUAGCACCCAAUGGUGUCUCCUGCAUUGCCAACCACACUGUAUCAGGUCUUCCAGAUGGCAGUCACCAAGAGAAGGAUGAGAAGGAAGGAGAGAAGAUGAAUGAAAUGGAGAAUGAGAGAGAGGAAAAGGAGAAAGAAAAAGACAACAGUGGCUCUUCUCCCUCAGUUUUGGACUCAACCAAGAGACCUGAGGUCACCCUAGGAGCUAGCGUCCCCUAUAAUGUGGCACCUACGAUGGGGGGACCUUCCCAGCAGACUAAUCCUCCCAUCACUCAAGAACCUUCCAGGCCUCCAAUAUUAAGUAGGAAACCAAGAAUUCAGGUGAUCUCCAGCAUCAUCCACCCCACAGUGAUCGCCACCGAUGGAGGAUCUCAGAAAGGAGAAUCCUUGGCCAAUGGAAGUGAUGACACUGAUGAUCAGAAAUUGCUCCUGUUUUAUAUUUUGGGGACAGUAGCAGCCAUCUUGCUUCUUCUGGUUAUGGCCCUGGGGUUAGUGUUCUAUUGCAAGAAGAAAGCAAAAAGGGCAGAGAAGAAGUCCCCUCAGAAUGCAGCGGACUGCUACUCCUGGGUCCCUGAGCAGGCUGAGACCAGGGAGGUAGAAAAUGAGCACAGGUAAACCCUGGCAACCUGUAGGGAGGAGAUGGAGGCAAGGGAAGCCAGUAAGGGGGAGGUGGGAGGGAAAUGUUCUUGUUAAGAGGCUAUGAACCCCAACAGAGAUCAAACUGAAGUCAGGAGACAAAGCUACCACAAUCAAGGAACAAUCUGUCAGAACAGUACUUUAAAUUAAACUGCUAGAGACACAAGGGUAUCAUGGGUAUUUUGAUACGUGUGUAUACAUGUAAAGAAUAUAUAAAUGUAUAUACAUAGCUCUUUGGGUAUAUGUCCACACACAUAAUAAGAAUGAAUUCCAAUAUCUAUACUUGUAUAAUGGAUUAUGGGCAUUGAGAACAUUUGCCAAGACAAUCUAUGUUUCAGUCUAUUGUCAUCAUUAACUUUAAGUGGCAUUUAAAAAUAAUAUAUAAGUAUAUACAUAUAU